UUCGACCUCGACGACAUGGCCGACAAACCCACAACGAAGAAGUACGCCAAGGGCGAGCGCUCGAUACCGCACGCUUCGCAGAAGGCCAGCAAGUACUAUCCUGCCGAGGACAACUCCCUCCCCAAGAAGGCUCGCAAGUCCAUCCGCCCUGCUAAGGUCCGACCCUCCCUCGUCCCCGGCACUGUCGUCAUUCUCCUGGCUGGCCGUUUCCGCGGCAAGCGUGUCGUUCUCCUGAAGCACCUCGAACAGGGUGUCCUCCUCGUUACCGGUCCCUUCAAAGUCAACGGCGUUCCCCUCCGAAGGGUCAACGCCCGCUACGUUAUCGCGACCUCAACCAAGGUGGAUGUUUCCGGCGUUGGCGAGGAUGUGUUGAAGAAGGCUAGCGAGUCUGGCUACUUCACCAAGGACAAGGAGUCCAAGAAGCCCGGAGAGGAUGCUUUCUUCAAGCAAGGCGAGAAGCCUCAGAAGAAGGAAACCUCCAAGGACCGCGUAGAGGACCAGAAGGCUGUUGACAAGGCCCUCCUCUCCAACAUCAAGAAGGAGGCUCACCUCGCCGACUACCUCAGCUCCACUUUCAGCCUCCGCAGCUCCGACAGGCCACACGCGAUGGUCUUUUAG